CGCCUUCGCAGCGGGCGUAGGCUGCUUCCGCUGUUGGGACGUCUUAAUGGCUCAGUCAUCCUCACUCACCCGUGGCUGAGGAACAGCGCUCUGGCCAUCCGUGCUCUAUAAAGCUGAGUGUUGUCACCCUGAAGAACUGACAAGCCUGCUGCAACAGACUCGUCGUCCGACUCAUGAUGAUUGCGUUCAAGCUGAGCGCACUCGCUGGCCUGGCCGUCCUGGGAGUCUCCGCAGUACCGAAGGACGUACAGCCAAGGGCUACUACCACCAGAGAUCCUGCGUGCCCCUUCGUUACCACCCAAACGUUCGUCGAGACGCUCUCGAUCAUCGCGCCCACGACCACUGGGCCCUUCGAGACGACGACGCUCACGGAGACCCUCAUAAGCUGGCCGAUCGCGGCCACGACGAUGACAGAGGUCGGGGAAGAUGGGAACUCUUACACUGUGACCUGGACAUACUCGAACUGGGAAAACAGCCCGCCGUAUCCGUCUGACUGCCACUUCACCUAUCCUUAGUGGAGUCGAGAACGAGACGCGUAGUACGUGCCGAUGCAAUGAGUCAAGAAGCUUGGUUACGGCGGUGAUCUUUUUGGAAUACACCCUAGUGCGACUCGCUAUGAUUUGCCCUUGACAGCGCAUGUCGUACAUUCACGUUCGUGAUAUCUUCCUUUUCAUGCGCAUCGGAGAACGUUUUGCAGAGAAGCAUAGAGGCAAUGCGUGCUCAUGUCGAGGGUAACGAAGCAUCGCGGGGUUGAUCACCAUGUUGAUUGGCUCUAGACGACAGAAUUACCGUAAUUCUGUGAACAAGCGAGUAUCCAUGGGCUCACAUGAAAUCGUUGA